CUUCUAAUUACAAAAAAUGAAUUUCCAUCAGGUCCUCUUUCUCCUUCUUCUUAUUUUUCUUGUUGAUUUAUCAGAUUAUGGUGUCUUAGCAGAUAAGACCAAUGAUGGUUACAAGAACGCAACAAAGUGUAACAUUUACCAAGGACGUUGGAUUUAUGACAAUUCUUCUAAUCCUCUUUAUGGAACAUCAACUUGUCCGUUCAUUGGAUUGGAUUGCCAGAAGUUUGGUCGGCCGGACAAGAACUACCUUCAUUACCGAUGGCAACCCACCGGAUGUGACAUCCCAAGAUUCAACGGACGAGAUUUCUUAACAAGAUUCAAAGGGAAAAAAAUACUGUUUGUGGGAGAUUCACUAAGCAACAAUAUGUGGGUGUCACUAAGUUGCAUGCUUCACGCGGCCGUUCCUAACGCUAAGUAUACCUUCCAACUCAACAAGGGCCUCUCAACUUUCACCAUUCCAGAAUAUGGAAUAUCUGUAAAUUUCCUGAAAAAUGGGUUCCUGGUGGAUUUGGUAUCGGACAAAACAAGAGGAUUGAUUCUGAAAUUAGAUUCGAUCAGUAGGGGAAAUCAAUGGUUGGGAUCUGAUGUCGCCAUCUUUAACACAUUCCACUGGUGGUCUCACACUGGCCGUGCCAAAACAUGGGAUUAUUUUCAAACGGGAGAUAAAAUAGUGAAAGAGAUGAAUAGAAUGGAGGCUUUCAAGAUUGCUUUGACAACUUGGUCUAAAUGGAUUGAUCACAAUAUCGAUCCUUCAAAAACUAGGGUUUUCUAUCAAGGCGUCUCUCCCGUUCACUUAAAUGGUGGUGAAUGGGGUAAACCGGGGAAGACUUGCUUGGGUGAGACGGUACCAGUGCAAGGACCAAGUUACCCCGGACGACCUAAUGAAGGUGAAGCUAUAGUGAAAAGUGUGAUCGGAAGGAUGGCUAAACCAGUGGAGCUCCUUGAUGUGACGGCUAUGACGGAGAUGAGGAAGGACGGUCACCCUUCCAUCUAUGCCGGUGGAGGCGAUCGCUUAAACGACUGCAGCCAUUGGUGCCUCCCUGGAGUCCCAGACGCUUGGAACCAGCUCCUUUAUACAGCUCUUCUCAGCCACUAGAUAAAUUUUUGGUAGCAAAGAAAGUUUGGAUUUAUUAUUUCAAGAUAAUUAAG